AUACGUGAACGCGAAGUGGAUGGCCUGCGAUGGACGCUGUUAGAUGCAUCGUUAGACCGCUGGAAUUGUUCUUCAACGCAUAUUACAAACCAAUCGACGCAUGUGAACAGCUCGGCCUUUCAUCGUCCGUCGGGAACUGGGACGACAAUUCCGCGGGAUAAAUCGUUUCCAUCGAUAGACCGAGUUCGUUUAACUGUCGACGAGGAGAAUGACGGAGCCACAUAAGAGGAAUCUGAGGGAGGACUCCAGGGGUAACCUCCUCAGGAAUCAGUCGUGGAGCAACGGGCCUGACAGCGAAGAAGAUCAACCCACCGAACACGAACUGCUUAACGAAAAUAUCGGUUCAAAUCACCACCGGUUGAGAGAUCAGCCUGUCUCCAAUAUGGAUUCGUAUCUAGAGGAGAGGAUGCGUAGGAAAUUGAAAUUCUUUUUUAUGAAUCCCAUAGAAAAAUGGCAAGCGAAACGGCGUUUUCCAUAUAAGUUCUUCGUGCAAGUUAUUAAGAUCGUAUUAGUCACAAUACAAUUGUGUCUAUUCGCGCAUAGCGAUUACAUGCACGUUAAUUACGCCUGGGACAAUCGCAUCGCCUUCUCGCAUUUAUUCCUCAGAGGAUGGGAUGCCACGCAAGAGGUACCUGCUUACCCGCCAGCGACUGGUCCAUUGGCUAUUUACAAGCAAGAUGACUUUUACCAAACAAUUGAUCACGCCUUAGACGGUUACUAUAAUCUUAAUAACGCGAUCGGGUCUUAUUCGUACACCGCGGAAGACAAUUCGGUAGCCCCGGUCACGCUUUGCUUAUACAAUUACAAAGAAGGUAUCAUAUUCGGUUUUAACGAGAGCUACGUGUUCGAUAAGCAGAUCGUGAAGACCUGCAUAAAUAUAACUCGUCAGAAUUACACCGAGAUCAGUACUUCGAAGCUUUUGUUAUCUCGGGAAAGUAUCCUCGUGAAUUUCUCGGCCCUCGUUAAAGCUGAUCUGUUAUUCGCCGUGAAAACGGUUAACUUGAAGGCGGCGGGACCGAUGACUGCUCCCGAUUGUUAUCAAUUUAAUAUAGUCAUCAAUUUCGAUAACCGUGACUUCGACGGGCAAAUGUUGCUCUCGUUAGACGCAGAACCAAAGAGAUUAGAAUGCAAAGGUGACACGCGUUACAUAACGGAUAGUUACAUCGAGUCUGCUUUAAGAACGCUGUUGAACUUGCUUGUGAUCAUCAUUUGUUCUGUGUCUCUCGUUCUGUGCUCGAGGGCAUUGUACAGGGCGCAGUUAUUAAAAUUCGAAACGAUGAAUUUCUUCAAUAAGACGUAUGGGAAGACGUUGAGCCUCGAAGGGAGAUUAGAGUUUUUAAAUUUGUGGUACAUCAUGAUCAUCGUGAACGAUGUUUUAAUCAUCAUGGGCUCGGCUAUAAAGGAACAGAUUGAACGUAAACAAUUCGGUAACGAUCACUGGAACGUUUGUAGCAUAUUCCUCGGCACGGGGAACUUGCUAGUCUGGUUCGGCGUGUUGCGAUACCUCGGCUUCUUCAAGACGUACAACGUUGUUAUCUUAACGUUGAAAAAGGCGGCGCCGAAGGUGGCACGGUUUUUAAUAUGUGCGAUCCUAAUUUAUGCCGGCUUCACGUUCUGCGGAUGGCUAAUCCUAGGACCGUAUCAUAUCAAAUUUCGCACACUCGCCACUACUUCCGAAUGCCUGUUCGCUCUUAUUAACGGCGACGAACUGUUUGCCACGUUCACGAUAACGUCGUUCAAGUCGUCGAUGCUGUGGUGGUACUCGAGGAUCUAUUUGUAUACGUUCAUCUCGUUGUACAUAUACGUCGUUCUGAGUUUAUUCAUUUCUGUGAUAAUGGACGCUUACGACACGAUAAAGAUUUAUUAUCGCGACGGUUUCCCGAAAAAUGAUUUGCAAACGUUUAUUGCGGCGUGCACGGACGAGGCGUCCAGUGGACUUUACAAAGACGACGUCGACAGAAGCGAUUUAUCAGAAUUGAUAGAUCGCUUCUGUUGCUGUCGGAAAAGGCCCUUUUAUGGGUCAUUCUCAGGUUCAAGCACAGAAUUCUCAACGAAGCCGGAACACCCGUGCGGGAGUGCAAUCUGUAUAUAGUGCGUUGAAUGCGAAUAAUGUAUUAAAUAGAACCUAUGGCUCCGUGGCAGAUACUCUGUAUUAUACUGACAAUUAUGUCAUGUAAAGUAUUCAUUUUUUAUUCGAACUAUCGUUGCAUUUUUAGUAUUGCCAACGGGUGCUGCCAAUUUUAUAUUUUAUGCAAAUGUUAAUAACGAUAAGUGAUUCGCUUUGUCUUUUUCGUUUAGAAUAAUAGAAAAUAUCUUAAGUAAAAUCCGAGAAAUAUGUGACAACAACACGGAAUAUGUUCUACGAGUAUCAAGUGAUACUAAAAGGUCGUUUCCGUCGGAAAUAUUGAUGGCACAAAGAAAACGCGUAAAAGUAUCCCUUUUUUUAUCAAUUACGUGUACAAACAAAACUGUAGCAUGCCAAAUCGUGACAGAGCUAUGUAAUGCAGUUUUGUACCAUAGGUAGUCAUAAAUAGGAACCGAUAUCUCUUUAACAUGUUAAUAAAACCCAGCAUACUCGACUCGUUAGCAACAACAGUAGGAAUUACUGAUAAUAGUAAUAAGACAUCCGAAAAUAAUAAUGUGAGUCAUAAAAUUUGUAACGUAUGUAUAUAAACUUAUAUGUACUUAUUUAUAAUAUGUACACUUAUGUAUUAUAUUAUUUUAUACAAUGUAAAUUGUAUAUUGUCUUUAUAUUAACGUGUUCAAGGGGAAAAAUUGUGUUUUACUGCCGAGUAACACAGUAAACAUAUGUGCUAUCCAAAGAAAUGUUUGCAACGCGAUGUAAUAAAGUCGUAUUUUUUUCAACGCCUAAA